AUGCAUCUCACACUUCCCUUCGUCGCUCUUCUUUCUGCCACCUCGGCCCUGGCCGCGCCUUUCUCGUUCCUCUCGGCGCGCGACCACACCUCCUCGGCCUACUCCUCGUUCGCCCCCGAGUCUUCGAUCGACGCCGACUGGCGCAUCCACGAGUCGUGCAACGGCACGCAGCGCGCUCAGCUCUCGUCCGGUAUCUCGGACAUGAAGAAGCUCGGCCUGAACUCGAUCCAUUACAUCCUCAACCACCCGAACUCGGAGUUCUUCACCACCUACUUUGGUGCAUCUGCGGACCCUGCUCCUGUGCUGGGCUACUUCAUGCAGCUCGUGUACGGCGACAAGGGUGAUGCGCUUCUUCGCUGCGACAACCCGGACAACAACUGUCGCUUGCCCGAAUGGAACGGGCACUGGCGCGGAAACAACGCUACUGCCGAGACGGUCAUUUGCGACCUCUCCUUCUUCUCGCGUCGCCCGCUCGAGGCGUUGUGCGGUAAAGGAUUCCAACUGGCCCAGGACAACCCGAGUGUGUACUUUGGCGCCGACCUCAUGCACCGCGCCAUGCACGUGCCCGAAUUCAUGCACGAGAAGAUCCACCACUACUCGGAUAGCUACGAGGACGUCCUCGAGCUCGCCAAGACCAACAGCAGCGCUGCGGUGAGCAACCAGCACAGCUUGCAGUACUUUGCGUUGGAUGUGUACAGCCGCAAGCUCACCAAGUGGGGCUGUGUGGGUGAGGUGGACGAGGUGGACCACUCGGGUCACGCACAUGCUAGCACGAGCUCGUCGAGCUCGUCGAGCGCAACGGCGAGUGCCGCCAGCUCCACCAGCGCCAGCGCCGCCCAGCAGUCCGCUGCUGCCGCAACACCUACUCAGGCUGCCAGCGCCGACUGCCACACUCACGCUGAUGGCUCCGUCCACUGCGGCACGCACUAA